AUGGAACCCAAGCUGACCAGCGCGAUGAUCAGGGGGCAGCAAUUGAGCCGAAAGGAACGAUUCAAGGCGAUUGACCUGGCUAGACAAGGAAGCAGAUUUGAUAAGUGCCCAGUCCUGACUGAAUUUGGAAUCCGUAUCGAACCGAAUCCCAUCGUGAUCGAUAACGCUUCCGUAAUCGCGCCACCCGUUGUGCGCACCUUGGACUCCAAAGGCGCUCAAAUAAACGCCAAAGUCAGCCAAUUUGAGGGGAAGUGGAACUUCAAGGAUAACAAUGAAGUGUCCAAGAAAUUCCUACAAGCUGCCACCCUCCCAAAAUGGAUGAUAUUCGAUUGUGAUGGAAUUUUAAAGGAUGAAGAAAUUGCGGACAAUUUUAUCGCAAAACUGGGCGAAUUAGGGGAAAGCCUUGGUAUGAAACGGAUCAAAAUGCCGCCAAAAAUAAGGCCCGCCAUAAAAUUUGUUACGGACGAACAUUUUCACCCUUGA